GGGCGGGGCCUGGGCCAGAGGGCGGCUCUCGCCCGCGUGCACACCCGGAAGCGCACUGGCGUCCGCUCUCAGAGCCGGGGGAAGCAGCGCCCUCGCGUUAGUUCCUGCAGCCAGCUCCUCAGUCAUGCCGAAGCACGAGUUCUCCGUGGACAUGACCUGUGAAGGCUGCUCUAAUGCAGUCACUCGGGUCCUCAACAAGCUGGGAGGAGUUCAGUUUGACAUUGACCUGCCCAACAAGAAGGUCUGCGUCGACUCUGAGCACAGCGUGGACACUCUGCUGGAGACCCUGGGGAAAACAGGAAAGGCCGUUUCCUACCUCGGCCCCAAGUAGCGAGGGCCUGGGCCCCCAGCCUGCAGGAUGGACCAAAGUGGGCAGGAUGCUGAGCCAGCUCCUGCCUUCCAGACAGAUCUAGGACCUGACAAUCCUGCUCAGCGAUGGUAGUUCCUGCGGAGACCCUCACUUGCCCUGCUCUUCUAUAGCUUCCUUGCAAUAAAGUCAAGUCGAUUUUGCUGGAGAUAUUGUCUCUUGCCUGGUCUUGAUGUCACUUGCUUACGUGCUGUGCUGUGCUGCUCACAUGUUGCUCUGAAGGAGAUAACUGCAGUGCUUGCUUGGGUUGGAGUUCUAAGAGCUCCCAACUGGGCGAAAGAGGUCCGAUGGAUUCUGAGUCUUUGCUGUGUGAGCUUUUGCAGGUCACUUCCCCUCUCUGAGCCUCACUUUUCCUCAUCUAUAAGUGAAGGUGUUGGAUCAGGUCUUGGGGACCACACACUGAGAAUCACUGCUUUGACCAUCUACUGGGCAGUGACUGGGGACCAGCGCUGCUGGACCUGGGAUGAGACCCAGCUCUGCCUUUGGCGACCUGUGACCUUGGACCAGUCAUCUCUCCCAGAGGCAGUUUUCUCACCUGCACAACGUACCAUAUCUGUACCUCAGGGGCCUUACGUAGGAGUUGGAAACUUUGCCACCUCUGAGCUGUAUGCUAGCGUAAUUUGGGUCCCAUUAUGAGAGUAUUAAAACAAGUCCCGGCCAUUUCUGCCUUUGUGGUCCCUUGGGGGCACAGGGACUCUCCCUGCCCUCAUGGUAUCUAGGGUCCUUGGCCACAAGAUGGCAGUGUUCUUUGGCUCUGACCAUCCACGGAGACACUGAAGACAGUUUCUGUGGGCGCUGGGAGCACAAACUUGAGUUUUUCCAUUUUCACAGCUUCCCAGGAGACCUGGUUCAGGCUGUCUAGCCCACUGGGAAUGCCCAAGGGUAAAGACACUGGUGUCUUGGGCCGAGUGGUCAUUGGAGGAGUUCCUUUCCUUUAACUCUUCUCUUACCCCCCACCCCCCACUGGAAUCCAGGUUUCCAGCUGAGGCCAAGGCCCCAAGCAGCUGGAGCAAAUGAGACCACACAGCAGGGUGUGGCAGGGGGGAGCAGAUGUGUCCACCUGUCACCCAGGUGCUCUCCCCAGCACCUGACCCCAGCUUUUCCAGCGCCCCCUGCAGCCACCGCGCCUCCUGUGUCUCCCAGGUGCCUUGCGUUUGUUUAUGCUGCCCCGAAAUGGCAUGAUCUCUGCCUGCCUCCCCAGCCCCGCCUGUCGCCAUGUACAAAUUCCUUUUCUUCCCUUGCAUACCACAGCCUGCAUGAAACCUCUCCACAACUGGAAGUAAUUUAUUUCUCCUCUUGGCCCUCACAGCAUUUAUCCCACUAGCUUCGGGGCUGAGGCAAAGCUUUUCGUCCACGUGUCUUUCCUGUCCUCAAGGAUCAGGCCACGUAUCUAUUCCCUCAGCGCACAGAACAGGCACUGAGGGGAUAUUUGAUGGGUGUGUAAUGGCUGCCAUCUGGGGGGCAGUUAUUGUGUGUCCUGCCCUUGCGUUCACGUCAUUCAUCUUCAUCUGGUCCCUGUAAGCUAGCGGACCAGGACAGACCCAGAAACGUGGUAGGUGUGCAGGGGGCAUCUGUUGAGUUAAUCUCACAGAGGCGGAGAUCACCUGGUCUGAUCCUUUCAGCAGGGUUAUGUUUUUGUCAAAGGUCCCUGGUGUGAGUACAGCAGCCUGGAGCCCCCCCUGGGGCUCACUGUUCCCGGCUCCUUGGCCUCUGUCGACCACCCCACCCUGUGGCCAAAGCCUUACCGUGUCCAGUGCUGACAUUCCCAGGGCUGGAGAGAAGCCUCACAGCCCCCAUGAACUCGGGAGAGGGUCCAUCGCCCGUGACCGGGGGGGCUGCAGAGGGAGCCCGUCUGCUCUGAGUGAGCUUGAACAAGUCAUCUCCUGUCCCUGCCUCCUGUUAAGGACAAGUUUUUGACUUUUAAGUGUUUUUGUUUUUAACAGCUUUAAUGAGGUAUAAUUUCAUUCAAUAAACUGUACACAAUUUAA